UGCAACUUCCUGUAAAUUCAGCUGGACAAGGAGUAAGAGACUGACAGAUCUUGUUUGGAAUUAUCACUCCUGUAUUCAUCCGUCCAUAUUAUAGCCGUCCAUGAUGGACCCGAUGGAGUGUGACCCCAGCCAUGUGGAGUCUGAGGUGUGUGUCACACAAGAUUCGGACAACAUCUACAGCGGCCUCACAAACUUCAAGGUAGAGAAGAAGAUCGGCAAGGGGCAGUUUUCUGAAGUGUGGAGGGCACUCAACCUCAUCGACAACAGCAUUGUUGCUCUCAAGAAAGUCCAAAUAUUUGAGAUGAUGGACGCCAAGGCAAGACAGGACUGCAUCAAGGAGAUUGAUUUAUUGAGGCAACUGAAUCACCCGAAUGUCAUCAAAUACCUAGCCAACUUUAUCGGUAACAAUGAGCUGAACAUUGUGUUGGAGCUGGCCGACGCUGGGGACCUGUCUAGGAUGAUCAAGCACUUUAAGAAACAGAACCGCCUCAUCCCAGAGAAAACAAUUUGGAAAUACUUUGUGCAGAUCUGUAGUGCCCUUGACCACAUGCAUUCCCGGAGGAUCAUGCAUAGAGAUAUCAAACCAGCCAAUGUUUUCAUUACUGCUCAGGGUGUUGUGAAACUUGGUGACCUUGGCCUUGGUCGGUUUUUCAGCUCCAAGACAACUGCAGCACAUUCCCUAGUGGGGACACCAUACUACAUGUCUCCAGAGAGAAUUCAUGAAAAUGGCUACAACUUCAAGUCUGACAUCUGGUCUCUAGGCUGUCUCCUGUAUGAGAUGGCAGCAUUGCAGUCUCCCUUCUAUGGAGAUAAGAUGAACCUGUACUCUCUGUGUAAGAAGAUCGAAUCGUGUGACUACCCACCACUGCCAUCUGACCACUACUCCCGCGAGCUGAGAGAGCUGGUAGCCAUGUGUAUCAACCCGGACCCUGAACAACGGCCCAGUAUCGACUAUGCCUACUCGGUAGCACAGAAGAUGAACUUACAUUUCCAGCAGCAGCAGCAGCAGAAGCAGCAGGGGACCAGUGCAACCACGCAGGUACAGAAGCCAGCUGUACCGCAGCAGUUCCAGGCCAUGGCGACAUCCACACCACAGCAGUCCUGACUCAACUGUGACCUUGACCUUCAUGUGUCCAUUUGACCUUGACCACCAUGAGUCCAUUUGACCUUGACCUUCACUUUAGCGGUCAUUAUCAUCAGGUUACAUAGAGCUGUCUUUCACUUGUCCAUGUGACCUUGUCCUUCACUGUAGGGGUCACUGUCGUUAUGCAGAUCAUGUUAUUUAAUCCACUGCAGUUGUGUUAAGUGCAGAGAUUUUAUUAAGACUGACGUUGUUAGGUUGUAAUGGUCUAUCUUUGUUGCCACGGCGUGAGCUGACCUGUGAUGAUGACUGUAUGUAUGAGUCACGUGACCUAGAACGGUAACACUCGGUUACGUCUUGCCCAGUUAUCUGUGUUGUAUACACCAGCACUCUUUACUUCCCUGCACCAAAGCGACAGAUCAAAGGAUAGCGUUUGCAUGAUUUGCCAUUGAGAAAACGACACUUGCUUGAAAGCUUGACAUGUACACCAUGUACACAGUGUUCCUCGCUGCUAUUGGAACCAGUUGUGUAGCUCUUGAUGAUCACACGGUGUAGAGUGGUUGUCGUAUCUAUUUACUGCUGAAAUGACAGGCUUGCAUGAUAGGCCUCAUGAAUUCCUACAGAUCAGUUCCGAUGUAACCCCCACAAAUAGAAGGUUGCAUCUCUGGGACUGAAGCAGUUCUUAUAACCAUGGCAAUGGAGUUUGCUGAAAGUCAGAAAAAUCAUGGUUCAUAGAUUGUUCUGUGUGAGUAGCUGUGGUUGGAUGCAAGCGUUGUGCGGGUACAUUAACAAAGUAGCUGUGGUUGGAUGCAAGUGUUGUGUGGGUACAUUCAACAGAAUUGCUGUGCUUGGAUACAAGUGUUGUGUGAGUACGUUCAACAGAAUUGCUGUGCUUGGAUGCAAGUGUUGUGUGGGUACAUUCAACAGAUAUGCUGUGCUUGGAUACAAGUGUUGUGUGGGUACAUUCAACAGAAUUGCUGUGCUUGGAUACAAGUGUUGUGUGAGUACGUUCAACAGAAUUGCUGUGCUUGGAUGCAAGUGUUGUGUGGGUACAUUCAACAGAUAUGCUGUGCUUGGAUACAAGUGUUGUGUGGGUACAUUCAACAGAAUUGCUGUGCUUGGAUACAAGUGUUGUGUGAGUACGUUCAACAGAAUUGCUGUGCUUGGAUGCAAGUGUUGUGUGGGUACAUUCAACAGAUAUGCUGUGCUUGGAUGCAAGUGUUGUGUGGGUAUAUUCAACAGAUAUGCUGUGCUUGGAUGCAAGCGUUGUGUGGAUGUUCAACAGAACAGCUCAGCUUGGAUGCAAGUGUUGUGUAAGUGUACAACAGAACAGUUGUGGUUGAAUGCAAGUGUUGUGUCGGUACAUUC